AUGACCUGUCGGAAUGUUGAUGUGCACUAUGGAGAGAAACAGGCAAUCUUUAAUGUGUCAGUAGAUAUUGGCAGGCAUGAGGUGCUGGCAAUGAUCGGCCCGUCCGGUUGCGGCAAGUCGACAUUUUUGCGUUGCCUUAAUCGUAUGAAUGACACCAUUGAUAUCUGCAGGGUAAAAGGCGAUAUCCGGCUGGAAGGCGAGGAUAUCUAUGGAAAAUCCAUGGACAUCGUUUUACUGCGCGCACGUGUUGGCAUGGUGUUCCAGAAGCCCAACCCGUUUCCCAAGUCUGUAUACGAUAACGUUGCUUACGGCGUAAAGCUGCACGGCCUGACGAAAACUAAAUCAGAGCUUGAUGACGUCGUUGAACAAAGCCUGAAGAGGGCUGGCCUCUGGAAAGAAGUUUCUGACCGGCUCGACAAACCCGGCACAGGCCUCUCCGGCGGCCAACAGCAGCGUUUGUGCAUUGCGCGGGCGAUUGCGAUCAGCCCAGAAGUAAUAUUGAUGGACGAGCCAUGUUCGGCGCUUGACCCUAUUGCAACCGCGGUUAUAGAAGAGUUGAUCGAUGAGUUGCGAAAGCAGUAUUCCAUUGCAAUCGUGACGCACUCGAUGCAGCAAGCAGCUCGAGUGUCGCAGCGAACUGCAUACUUCCAUCUUGGUAAGCUGGUGGAGGUAGGCAAAACAGAUGACAUUUUUACCAAACCGGUCCAUGGGUUAACCGAAGGUUAUAUCACCGGCCGGUUUGGGUAA